UCAAGCUUGAUUCAGUUUGGUGUCUCUUCCUUAAGAUGUCAGGCGUAUGUGGAUUUUCUGUAGAGCAUUCUUGGGGAGUGGGAUCAGUAAGACAAUGUGCAGGAUUCCCUGGUAAUAUUCUCUUUGAUGAUCAAGUAGAAAAGAUAUAUUGUGUUCCACUAGGACCCCAAAUAGUCUGCUGGGAUAUUGAGAAGAAAGAAAGAAAGAUAUGUUUUCAAGGUCACAGUGACUUAAUCAUUUGUCUUCAGUAUAACCACAGCUAUGGAGUAGUACUAACAAUAUCAUACAGUGGUGAAAUCAAACUUUGGAAUGAGGAUUUUAAACUUUUGUUAUCAGAGAAAACAGGCUUUGGGAAUGCUCAUUAUGGUGUUUGGUCUAAUGAUGGGCAAAGAUUCCUUAUCUGUGGAGGUCCUUGGAAAUUUUCAUUACUUACAGUUUAUGAACUAUCCAAAGCCAGUGAUGGCCGAUUCAAUUUUUCUACAGUAUGGCAAAAUGUGGGGGUAGCAGCAGCAACCCUGGAUGGCUCCACAAAUAGCAUAUCAGAUGUUGAUAAUAAGGAAGAUAUAAGAGAACAAGAGAAUAAUGCAAGUAUAACAUACAUCAAACAAAAUGAUAACUAUAUCAUUUCACAGUUUAGCUCUAAGGAUACUGUUCUAGCUAUCUUUGAAAGAUACCAUGGUAAUGCUAGUGAAGUUCAUUUGUUUGAUGCCAAUGGGGCAAUGAUACAUUCUAAUAUUCUUGAUCCCUUGGACAACCCAAAAGCAGCCAUUAUGUGCACUACUCCUUGUCAUAAUGGUGCCUUUGCAGUAGGCUUCCAGGGAGGCGUAUUCGAAGUAUUGAAUGAAGAAGACCUCACUAUGAAGUCAGUCUUUCAGGCUACAGGAUCACCUCAGGUAGCACUGUGGGACAAAGACUAUAUCCUUGCAGUUUCAUAUCUAUCUGGAGUUCUUUCUUGGUGGACAACAGAAGGCGUCUGUGUUCAUGAACUAAAAGGCGGACCUAAAGAUUCUAAUAUACAUGUCAACUGGGUAUCCACUAGUUCCCAUAAUGCAUUAUGGAUAGCAGGUAUAAUGGCCUUGAACUAUGUUGAGUUGAUGUACACCAAUGAGGGAGAUUUUUUCCCCUCAAGUAUAAGACAGAAAUAUUCGUUAAGAUAUCAUGAAGUGACUGGCUGUGGCUUUGAUCUGAGCAACAGUAAUCUAACUGCUUCAGGCGACUUUGUUGGUAAUGUUUUUGUUUGGGAAAAAGGUAAAAAUGAGCCGCUCUAUAGAACAAAACAGGAAACAGCCAUCAGGAGUCUCGUAUGGAAAAAUGAUAAGCUCUUUAUUGGUUGUCUGGAUGGUCUCAUAAUACAAUGGACUCCGAGUAAUGCUGAAUUUCCUGUUGUAUGCUUGGCUUGUACAAGUGGAGUCCUGUCUCUUCGUUGGUCACACAAUAAACUUGCUAUAGGUCUAGAGAAUGGUGACCUUCUCCUGUACACCUUCACAGAUGAAGAAUAUUCAGAUCCAGUCAGGAUAAUCAAUCAAAAAGCUCAUUCACAAACAAAAGAUGGUGCUUUGUUGCCUGCUGAAAUCUGGAGUGUUUGCUGGAGUCCUUGUGGCAAAAUGAUUGCCACUGCAUCUGAAGAUCAAACUACAUGUAUUUGGAAUGCAUCCAAUGGAAACAAAUUACGCACUCUGCAUGGACACACUACUGCCGUAACAUCAGUAGAUUGGAAAACAAUGCGUGACAACAGCAAGAACAUACUUGCAACAUGUGGUGAUGACAGAACGGUACAAAUCAUGGAUGGGAUCUCAUUUGACAUAAUCCAUACUCUCAAACUACAUAACAUUGAGGGUUGGUUUACACUAACCUAUUUGAGCCUCAACCCUCAUGAUCAAAAGUGUCUUUGUUCUACACAGAAUGGUCACCUUGCAUUGUGGGAUUGUUCUACAGGAAACUUGCUUGCAUGUCAUAAAAUGCACUGCGGGUCAAUAGAAGGGCUUGCGUGGAGUCAAGACUUCAGUGAAUUUGGAACAGUUAGUUCUGAUUGUGUGGUUAACAUAUUCCAUAUAAAAGACCAUUGAAAGAGAAGCUUAUUUAUCAAGCAUGCACCCCCUAACUUGACUUACUGUCAUAGUGAUUGCAGUUUUUUAUACCAAACAUGCAUUUACAUGAUUUUCAUGCAAUAUAAAUAUAAUUAUAAUAUUAAUACCACUCUUUUCAACGCUACUAACUGGGGAAAACAAACAAUGCAGUUUCAAGCCAUGAAAGAAUGGAACAAUCUGAGUGACACUCUUAAACAGUGUUCUAAUAUCAACCAUUUUAAAUCAAUAAUGUUGACUUUUCAGCAACGAGCUGGUUUCGAUAUUCAACCUCCUAAUUCUCUUUUUGCAUAUUAUUGUAAAAUAUCUUAUUUAUCAGGACCUUCUUUAAAAUGAAGAAGCUUCCUGUUAAAAUAUGAACGUAAAUAUUCGCUGAUGAAGGCCACAGUGGCAACAGGGAUAUAGGGCAAUACACUGCUGCCAAUUAAAGAUUAUAAAGGUACUCA